AUGGAAGAUGAAACAAGUCAAACAACCAAUGUCAGUGGAAGUGCACCUCUAGCUCUUACUGAGUCUCUUGAUUCAACACCGGAAGUUGAACAACAUUCAGUGACUGUGAAGAGGAAAGCUAUAGAAUCAAGAUCUACUGCUUGGCCGCAUUAUGAUAAGCACAUAGAAGAUGGAAUUAAUAAAGCAAAGUGGAAACAUUGUGGUAAAGUUCUCUUAGCUGAUUCAACUAAAAAUGGAACAAGUGGAAUGAAUAAACAUUUGAAAAUUUAUCCUAAAAAUCCAAAUAAGGUUAACACUUUCAAUUUCAAGUACAAACAAUCAAAUUUAAACUUUCCAUUAGAAAGUGAAAUGCGUGAUGGGGCAAUUUGGACUUUUGAUCAAGAGGUAUCUCGGAGGGCUUUAGUUGAGAUGUUAAUCCUUGAUGAGCUUCCUUUUCAUUUUGUUGAAAAGGAAGGUUUUAAGAAGUUUAUGAAAAAAACCCAACCUUUAUUCCGAGUCCGUAGAACAGUGACUAGGGAUUAUUAUGUAGUUUUUGGUGAGGAGAGACAAAAGUUUAUGAAGUAUUUGAAAGAAACAUCACCGAAAGUUGUUACUAGUCAUAAGGGUGACGAAAUGGUCCGUUGUAUUAGUAAGUGUUUGCUUGAUUGGAAAUUGGAGAAAAUUAUCACUAUAACUGUAGAUAAUGCUUCUUCUAAUGAUGUCAUAGUGAAAGAGUUACACAAACAAAUGGUUAAUUGGGGAUUUAAAAUAAAAUGUGGUAACCAUGUUCACGUGAUAUGUAUGGCUCACAUUUUGAAUCUUAUUGUGCAAGAUGGCAUGAAAGAAGUUGGUCCAUCUAUCAAACGUGUUAGGAAAAUGGUGAAAUAUGUUAGACAAUCUCCCACAAGGAUUAGAAAAUUUGCGGAAUAUUGUGAACUAAAAAAUAUAGACAGUAAGAAGUUAUUAUGUUUAGAUGUUUCAAUUUGGUGGAAUUCGACCUACAUGAUGUUGGAUGCCGCACAACAUUUUGAGAGUGCAUUUGAUAGGUUUGAUCUUGAAGAUGGUGGAUUGUCAACUUAUCUUGCUAAUCAUGUUUGUGAAGAUGGAAGUGUUGCAAGUGUACUUGAAAGUGAUGAUUGGCAAAAGGUGAGAAAUAUGGUAAUAUUUCUUAAAAGAUUUUAUGAUCUAACUGAGAAGGUUUCAGGUUCACUCUACGUCACUUCUAAUGGUCACUUUGAAGAUAUAAUUGAGCUUCACAAUCAUUUAAGAGAGUGUAUGAAAGACAAUGAUUCUUCUUUGGCAGAAAUGGGAGAAAAAAUGAAAGAAAAUGUAGCUGCUGCAGGUAUUGUUGUUGACAUAUUGCAGGUCUGUAGGGUACAGCUGCAAGAUGGUGGAGCUGCAGGUGUUAGAUGGUGUGUUGAUCUACCCCAAUGUAGCUCUGCAGCUCUGGAGUUGUUGUUGUUGGAUGUUGUUGUUGUAGGUUGUUGUAUGUUGCAUCUUACACUUAUGAAAGCUCAACUGCAACAACUUUGGUGGUUCUCUCAGCAAGUUGUUGCUUGGAGUUGGAUGUUGCAGCUCUGCAACUGCAAGAUAACCAAUCUGAGAGGUGAUCCUUCACAUCAGGCUGCAGCUUCAAAGUGA